CCGUUGAAAAGCAAACUAGACCAUGCGGUUUAUGGUGAUCCCAACUCACUCAUUACAAGUGAGAUUGUGGAAAGAGAAAUCAAAGGAGUUAUGUCAUUUGAUGAGGCUCUGGAGAACAAGAGAUUGUUCAUGUUGGACUAUCAUGAUUUGCUUCUACCGUAUGUGAACAAAGUGAGAGAGUUGGAUGAUAGCACCUUAUAUGCUUCUCGAACAUUAUUCUUCCUCAACGAUGAUAGCACACUGAGACCUGUUGCCAUUGAGUUGACUCGUCCCCAAGAUGUAAACAGGCCACAAUGGAGGCAGGUAUUCACGCCAGGAUAUGAUGCUACCUCCUGCGGGCUAUGGAGUCUUGGUAAGACUCACGCUAUUACUCAUGACACUGGUUAUCACCAGCUUAUUUCCCACGGGCUGAGGACUCACUGCUGUAUGGAGCCAUACAUUAUAGCGGCAAACAGACAACUAAGUGCCAUGCAUCCUAUCUAUAGGCUUUUGCAUCCCCACUUCCGCUACACGAUGGAGAUCAACGCUCGUGGACGCCAAAGUCUCGUCAACGCAGGUGGAAUCAUUGAGUCUUGUUUCUGGCCCGGAAAGUAUUCAUUAGAGCUAAGUUCAGAUGUCUAUGACAAACUAUGGAGGUUCGACAGGGAAGGCUUACCUGCAGACCUAAUCAGCAGGGGUCUGGCUGUGGAAGAUGAGACGGCUGAACAUGGGGUUCGCUUGACGAUACCAGAUUACCCAUUUGCGACUGACGGUCUGAUGCUGUGGGAUGCACUUAAGGAAUGGGUAACAGACUAUGUGAAUCACUAUUAUCCAAAUGCGGAACAGGUCAAGUUGGAUGAGGAACUCCAAGGAUGGUGGAGUGAAGUGAGGAACAUAGGGCAUGGAGACAAGAAAAAUGAACCAUGGUGGCCUGUCCUCAAAACACAAGAUGACUUGAUUGAAGUGGUGACUACGAUUGCUUGGGUGGCUUCAGGUCACCAUGCAGCUGUAAACUUUGGACAGUACGGAUAUGGUGGAUACUUUCCCAACCGACCAACCACAUCAAGGAUAAAAAUGCCAGUGGAAGAACCGACAGAGGAAGAGCUAAAAGAGUUCUAUGAGGAUCCAGAGAAGACCAUGCUUAAGACAUUCCCGUCGAAGAAGCAGGCGACGAAAUUGAUGUUGACUUUGGAUCUUCUAUCGACACAUUCACCAGAUGAAGAAUACCUAGGAGAAAACGCAGAAGCGUCUUGGGCCCACGAACCUGUCAUCUAUGCUGCAUAUGAACGUUUCAAAGGCAAGCUCCAAUACCUAGAAGGAGUGAUAGAUGAGAGGAACGUGGAUGUUGCUCUAAAGAAUCGAGCUGGAGCAGGUGUUGUUAAGUACGAGCUUUUGAAGCCUAUCUCUGAACCAGGCCUUACCGGGAUGGGUGUUCCCAACAGUGUGUCUAUUUGAUCUAAUGCAUUUUGAUCAAAUACAUUGGAAGUUAUCAUCUAUCUUUCUACCAAGUUAUUAUCAUCUAAGUUUCUUGCUUUUGUAAUAAAUAAUGAAUCUCAACCUGCUCAAGGGGUACUUUGUGCUGGGCAGCGGUGAAGGAGUUUGAUGUUGUCAUUUCUUUUGGGAAUAAGACUUAAUGUGUGGUUAUCUUA